AUGGCCGAACCCGCGCAGACCCCGCAAUACAUUUACAAAAUCGUCCCCGAGGCGCCGCCGUCCCCGCUGCCGACCGAGUUCCCCCUCUCGGACCUCGAUCGCAACGAUGGCUUUAUCCAUCUGAGUACGGCGGAACAGGUCCUCAACACAGCAAACCUCUUCUUCUCAUCCGCCACGAGCUUACACCUCCUCAAACUCCCCUACGCGCCCCUCGCCGCCUCAGGCUCAAUGAGGUGGGAGUUCCCCCCCUCGGGCAAAUUCCCCUCCGCCUUCCCGCACCUGUACGGACGCAACUUUGGCGCCGCCGACGUGGAGGACGCAAAGGGGUUCGAGAGGGCCGAGGGACAGGUGUGGAGUGAGGUUCUGGGCGGCGAUGCGUGGCUUGUCUGA